AUAAUUAUAAAAGUAUAGAGGGAGAGAGAGAGACUUGUCGCAUAUAUACAUGAGAGUACAUAUUGGUGGGCGUAUCGCUGAUAGCGCUACUAAUUUCACAAACAUCCUGAGACUUGAUGUAAAUGUUAAAAUUGUCCUACCUUAAAAUACAGUGCGCUUAAAAUAAUUUUCAAUUGAAUACUACAAAUAUUAACACAAUAAUGCAACCGAUUACAAAAAUGUUUACAUGGACCUUUGCCUUGCUCUUAUCAUUAUCUGUUUGUGCAGCCAUCAAACCUGUCGAUAAUGGCAAAUUGCGGGUUUGUGUGGUCGAAUCUAGGGGAAAUUAUCGCAAGGCGCCCAAGUUUUGUCCCCUGCUGGAGGCGACCAGCAACAUUGAGUGCGUUGUUGGCGUGGAUCGUUUGGAUUGUGUGCGUCGCAUUCAAAAGGGUACUGCCCACUUCGGUGUGCUCACCUCCGAGGAUUUGGUUGCUGCUCGCUGGGCAAGUGUUGAGAUUUUAGUAGCCAGUGAGUUGCGUUCACAUGAAUCGCCAUUUGAGUAUGAAAUUGUUGCUGUUGUGGAUAACGAUGCUGGCAUAAACUCAGUUCAUGAUCUGCAUGGGGCCAGACUGUGUCAUCCUGGCUACGGAUUGGGCAAUCACUGGACCGACGUGUUGGCUAAUUAUUUCGAGUCAGCAUUGGUGUCUAAGUCGUGCAAUCCAGGGCUCACCUUGACGGAAGAUCGCAUUGCCGCCUCGUCCAAGUAUUUUGGUCCCAGCUGCAAGGCUGGUCCCUGGGUGCCGGAUCCGAAACAGGAUCGUAUACUUAAGGAUCGUUAUCCGUCAUUGUGCCAGAUGUGCUAUGAUCCAUACAGCUGCGAUGACACCGACAAGCACUGGGGCAGACGUGGCACACUUUAUUGCCUGACCAGCGGUGGGGGCAGCGUCUCUUGGGCGCGGCUCGACGACACACGCAGUCACUUUGGCCUGGCGGGAUUGGGGCCCGAGGGUGAUCCUGCGAAAUAUAGCUAUCUUUGUCCAGACGGUCACUUGCAACCCAUCAAUGUGACGCGGCCUUGUAUAUGGAUCUCGAAGCCGUGGCCCGUAAUUGCCGCACGACGAUCACAUGCCGCUCAGGUGCAGCGUCUGGUCACUGGACUGACGCACGAUGAGCCGGAGAGUUGGCAAAAUGCCUUGCUCAGUGUCCUGGAGACGUAUCAUGUGUUUACCGUGCCGCUUUACAAUGUCAUCUCCAUCGAUGACUAUCUCGAUCAGGCAAUUGGUUUUCAGUCCGCUUACAGUUUUCCAGAAUGUAAUCCGCCUCGUUCAAUUGUCAUGUGCAGCACAUCCAUAAUUGAGCAUAUUAAGUGCUCUUGGCUACAGGAGGCAGCACAGGUGUAUGGCGUAGAGCCAAAUAUUCAAUGCAUACGCACAAUAAACCUGGAGCAGUGCAUGGACGACACCCGCUACAAGAGCGCCGAUGUGCUGCUAGUUAACCAGGAACAGCGUGUAAGGGCGCAAAGGGACUACAAUCUGACUCCGUUGCUCUAUGAGUACGCUGAGCAAAUGCAUGAUCGUUAUGUGACCAUUGCGGUGGUGCACAAGGAUUCGAAAUACAAAAACAUUGAAGAUUUGAAGGGCUCGCGCGCUUGCCUGCCAAGCUAUGAAGGCGCCGCAUAUCUGUCCGUUCUGGAGACGAUUGCGAAUGUGACUGGUACCGUCCAUUCACCGCACGCUUAUUUUCAUCGCUCCUCCUGCUUGUGGCAUCCACAACGUGGUCGCCAGUGUCCACCGCAUUAUGGCGGCGAUGAGGGUGCGUUCCGUUGCCUCGCCGAGGGCGCCGAUGUGGCCUUCAUCAGUUCGGAUGUCUACAAGAAAUAUGUGAGCGGCAACUUAACAUCCGACUGGCUCAAGCCGAGUAUGCAUAAAUCUUACCGCUUGCUGUGUCCGUUUGGAGGCAUUGAACGACACUCGGGGUUCGAGUACUGCUACCUGCACUGGACACCUCGCGGUCAGCUGAUGACACACAAUUCGUCGCUGACGCGCCACAAUGAAAUAUACAAUUCGCUGCGAGACAUGGAUCGUUUGUUUGGCAAGAGAUACAAAAGUGAAACGCGCCCAUUUUCACUCUACGGCGUCUUUGAUAGACGCAAUAAUAUCUUGUUCCAUGACAACACGACAGCACUUUAUGGCACACAUGAGCUGCAGCGGGACGAUGCCAAAAGAACCAUGGAACAUAUUUACGAACGGUAUACGGCGCAGUACUACGCUGUCAAAGGCGACGAGGAUAGUGGAAGUCCCUUAACCAGCAGCAGCAAUAGUUGCUUUAUUUUGUUGCUGUCUGCAUGUGGUUUGUGGCUGCAGCAGCAGCGACGCCAUCCAUUUUAGUCAAGUGCACAAGCUGAACUUUAUUUAUUGUGAUAUUAUUUUAUAUGUGCACAUUGUUAAAGCUAAAUUAUGUUAGGAAUCUCAAAUAUACAAAAACCAUCACAGACGGAAACAA